AAUUAAUUCCCGAUCGAGAAUAAUAUUCAUGACAUAAAGAAAAAACUUCAAUGAACUAUCAUGAAAUAUAAGAUAAGAAUAAAAAGAAAAACAAUAUCUCCGUAUUAUUGAAGAGAAGCCAUUUUUUUAAACUCACCGGUGACGAAUCCUACGCGGUGGAGUAGCACGCUCCUCCCUGAGGUUAGGUUCGUCGUCUCGUGCGUGUUCUGUCAUUCGUGUGGCCUUUUUUCAACAAUUAUCACAACGAAAAAAAUAUGUAAAUGUUAAAACACAAAGCGUGAUAAUUCGAAACACGUUAGAGAAGCCUCGUUGGUCAACGUUGAUCAAUUAUAGAUCGACAUUGAUCGUUAAGGCAGUAAAAUGUUCUGUCACCUUCCGUACAUUUAUCUUUUCUUUAUUCUUUUUUCCACACUAAUUUCGUACACACUUUAUUACGCGUCGUUAGUUCAUAUACUAACGUCACUGUCGAUUAGACCUCACCUUUUACAAUUUCUAUAUCUCUCUUCGUUUAGUUGUCUAUGUUCUAUCACUCUCUUGUUCUAGCUAAACUACUAAUGAAUUCACGUCUACCUUAUCGGUCGAGCAUCCUCGUUUCUUUUCUCAGUGUUUUUUUCUUAUACCGCCUAGAGGUCGACAUUCUACAGGCUACUUGAGCAACCAUCAUGGAGGUAUCGACGUUAGACGUUAAUUUAAUGAGGAAUAUAGUCAAAAGGGCGUUGUUUUGUUUUCUCGAUCUAUGGAAAUCCCAAUAUUCUACAUCGAAAAAAUCGAAGUAUAUUCACAUAGACGUUAAAAUGUCGAAGGAAUAUGGCGGACACUAUUCGAUCCAACUGACGAAUUAUGGAUAUUGCAUAAACAAUACUCACAAUAUUUUAAAUAUUUUACAAUACAUAUUUUGGAAUUUGAUUUCGGAUAAUUCUUAUAAAAACAUGCUCGCAACGAUAUAUCUGAAAGAUGAGCAGAAUAAUUUUGAAGUAACAUACGAUUUACAUUACCCACCGAGAAAGCGUUUGUUGCUUUUAAAAAAUGAGCAGAACAAAACAAAAUUUAUUGAUUUUUCUUAUUGUAGAAAAUAUUUAUCGAUUAAACCGUCGUAUAAUCUGACUGCAAGCGACGUUGAGAAAUUCAAGGUUACCGUAUUGGAAGAAAUCACUUCUCUAUGUAGAGAAAAUGCCAAUAUUAAGGUAACAUACCGUACCGACAGAAGAAUGCUACACAAUAAUCACGUUCCUCUCGAUGAUGAAUAUAAGACAUGCCAAAUAUUGAGCACCGCAGUGACGGAUAUAGUGCGGCAAAGUUUGGACAGCGAGUUCAAAGAAAAGUGCUUCGCUUUGUUAAAAACAGAAAAUCCUGGAGAGCUGAGAGAUUCGCUCAUGACCCAAUUGUUACCGUUGAUUCACGGAAAUUAUAACUUUUCCAUGAAGCAAGAAGAGUAGUCUAUCAAUGGGAAUCAUUUCUCAUGAAUAAUAAAUAAGUAUACUAAAUUGUACGAAGAAUAUUAAUGGCUUAAUGAUUUGAAGAAUGCAUCCCCCCAAUGAGAAGACGGGGAGCGUAUAUGCGUCAGAAUGCGGUCCGAUGCUGGCCGUUGUACUGACUUAUUACAUUCCUCGGAAGCGACUAUUAGGAAGCCUCUAGACUAAUGGGUUAAGUGAAUUCAACAAGAGCAAGAGAGAAAAAAGAGGAGUUCUAUGCUUUGGUCGCGCCAUUGUUUUCCUACGAGAAAUGCAAAUUUCUUAAGAAGAAGCAUCUAAACUUGACGGCUUUGAAUUUAAAAGACCUUCUGUAUAAAGGUUAUCGACGUAUCGUUAUUACGAUAACAUAAUCGAGUGUAAGAAGUAAUACCUUAUCGAUAUUCCACCAAAGUUUCUAUAAUGUGUCUGUCUGUCCUUUCAAGUAUUAUCUAUAGUUUGAUCUAUUUGCUUUAGAUAAGUCUCUUCUAUCCCUAUGAUUUUUCAUUGUUGACCAUUCAACCUUUUAUCAUUUGUCGAUAUUAACAUUUUAUAUUAUGAAAGAGAAUAUGAAAAUUUUGGAAUUUAAAUCUCGUUGUUAUUCUUUUAAAAAGAACUUUUAUAAAAAGU